AUGGAUGAACAGAAUGAAUUCGAACAAGAUUUCGGAGAUGAAUUUACUGAGGGAGCAUAUUUUUCUGAAUCUGAUCCGUCAAAAGAUACCCUUGAAGCUGCUUAUGCGCUUGCAUUUGGUUUUUAUCUGAAGUACUCAAAGUUGAAGGGUUUUAGUGCAAGGAAGAGUAAGACUUUCAAGAAUAGUAUUGGUGAGAUUUACAAACAAAAGUUUGUAUGUCAUAGGCAAGGAUUCAGGGAGGAGAAAUGUUACACGAUGGAAAAAAGGAAGAAGGAGCCUAGAUUGGAAACAAGAACUGGGUGUGAAGCCCGAAUGGAUGUUAAAUUUGUACCUGAAACUAGAAGGUGGCAUAUCUUUUAUUUCUCUGAUGAACACAACCAUGAUCUAUUGGAUACACAAUUUAGUGCUAUGUUGCCUGCUCACAGAAAAAUGACAGAGGCAGAUAUUAUGCAAAUGAUGAACAUGCUAAAGUCCGGGAUUAGCACUUCACAGAUAUUUGGUCUUCUACCUAGUCAAGCAGACGGGUAUGAAUUUGUCGGCUAUGGUCCCAGAGAUAUGUACAAUGAGAUUGCUCGGCAAAGGCAUCAAGUUCCUGGUGAUGCAGCACAAGUGUUGAAGAAGUUGGAGGAUAUGCGCCAACUAGACUACCAACUCUUCGGAGAUGUCAUUGCUUUUGAUGCUACGUAUAAGAAGAACAAGUAUAGUUGUCCAUUAGUCAUAUUCAGCGGGGUUAACCACCACAACCAAACAAUUAUUUUUGUUGCUGCGUUAAUUGUGGACAAAACUACUGAUACAUAUAUUUGGCUCCUGCGUCAGCUCAUGUUUGCCAUUAAGGGUAAGACCCUGACCUCAAUAAUAACUGAUGGGGCCAUGGCAAUUAGGAAUGCAGUAAGAGAUGUAUUUCCUGAAGUCAGACAUAGAUUAUGCGCUUGGCACCUUAUUCGAAAUACGACUAGCAAUGUCAGAAAUCCAUCGUUUACAUCUAAAUUCCAAAAAAUCAUGUUGGGAGACUACGAGAUUUCCGUGUUUAAGCAUAAGUGGGUUCAGCUUAUUGAAGAAUUUGGCUUUGAGGAUAAGCCUUGGGUGAACAACAUGUAUGAAGAGAAGCAUAUGUGGGCUACUGCAGAUAUAAGAGGUAAGUUUUUUGCUGGCUUUAGAACUACCUCAAGAUGUGAAGGUUUACACUCAGUUAUGGCAAGGUAUAUGGGGUCGCAGUAUGAUUUGACAAGUUUUGUAGAGCAUUUUCAAAGGUGUGUUGCACACUUGCGCUUUAAAGAAUUUAAUGCUGAUUAUGAAUCUACACGUGGGGUGCCCGUUAUGCAGACUUGUAUAGAGCUGCUAGAGAGAUUUGCUGCUGAGGUAUACACUCAUGAGAUAUUUCUGUUGUUUCAGCCAUUUUUUUCUAGAGCUGGAUCAAUGCGGGUACUAAACAUAGAGAAUAACAAUGAUUGCUCAAAGUACAUUGUGUUGUUGGAUAGAUGGACAAAGAAGGUGAAAUCAGCACUCAAUGAUGCAAGUGGAUUCACCAGGGAUGCUGUUGUUAUUAGUCGUCAACGUGUCUUGAUGGAAUUUUCUAAACAAUUGGCUGCUGUUGCUGCUAAAGUCCCUGAGAGAUUUCAAGAGACACGUGACAUUAUUAUGGGGUUGUAUUCAUCUUACAAGAUUGCAGACGAAGGCACUACGCAACCUCAGUCAGGCUCAGGACAACCAUCUAAGAAGAAGCGGCAACGUUGUAGUGUUUGUCAAAUGGAAGGACAUAAGAAGACAACAUGUCCUUGGCAAAAGGAUAUUGACAACAACGUUAUGGAAGAUGAAGCUAAUGGUUCAGAUAACAGCGACAUAUAUACCGAACCGACUCCUGAUUUAGAUAGUGAUAAUUAG